AUGUUAAUAUUUUUUUUAAGUAACCUGAAAAAUUAUAGAUAAACUAAUAAGACUACUAAAAACACUGAAAACCAAUUAAAAAGUUAAUCUAAACAAUUAUUGAUAAUAAACUCUACUUAAACUUUAGAAUGAUUAUUUUUGAGGAAAUACCUUAAAA